AUGAAUACCACCCAGCCCGACCAGGAGGAUCAGGACGUGUUCCAUAAUGUCAGUCGUGGCCUUGUAGGUCACUACCGUGAAAUAAUGGUUCAAUAUUGGCAAGAACUUAUAAACGAGAUUGAACAAACCAACGAACAAGGUUCACAAUUUCAAGAUGACUUCAAAUCUCAUUCUCUACCGCUAGCACGGAUAAAAAAGGUCAUGAAGACAGAUGAAGAUGUUCGUAUGAUUAGUGCUGAAGCUCCUAUUCUUUUCGCGAAGGCUUGCGAGAUCUUUAUUACCGAGCUCACUAUGCGAGCCUGGUGCAUCGCGGAAGAGAAUAAGCGUCGAACUCUACAGAAACAAGAUGUAGCUCAGGCGCUUCAAAAGUCAGAUAUGUUUGACUUUCUGAUUGAUAUAGUACCCAGGCGCAUGCAGUAA